CUCUAUCAUGUGAUGGAGGGGGUAAUUGUCAAUGAGUUUUUUUUUUUUUUUUUCAUUAUAGUUGGUGGAUAGAAUAUUAUUUUAUGAGUAGCUGACUAGCUGGCUCAUGCCAUCUAUGAAAAUAAUAAAAAUAAAGUGUUAUGCCUUAAAAUUGAGUCAACUAAGUAUUGAAUUAUUGACUAAGAAAAUUUCCUCAAGGAUAGCUAUUAGUUAACAUUUUAUGUGUGUUACUAAGCAAAGUGCACCUAAGGUGGAUAACAAAAUGACAAAGGGCUUUAAUUUUCUUUAUAUCGGCAAUAGUAUUGAAUAUCUUAUACCCUAUAAUGAAGUACAAAAGUAAAAACCCUAAAUCGGAUAAUUUGUUUUGCUUAGCCCAUAAAUUUAGACAUGGUUAUCAAGUUGAAAAGGCCGUAGUAGGCUAGUAGCUCAAUGCCUUAAACACCACGGUGGGCUUACAUGACAAGCUGUGAUCGGGCUGAACAACCCGUGCUUUAUAUAUAAAAAAAAUAAUAAAAAAAAAUAAUUUUGGAAAUAAACCAAAGAGAAAACCCUACAUCCCCUGAAUACGUAUUAGAAUUGGCGCCAAAACCGCCAUUAACACCCAAUUUAAUGCUAAUUUUUCUCUCCUCAUUUCUCGACAUUUUAGGGCGGUUUGAUUAAUUAACCCAUGUUCAAUUAAAUUGGGUUUUAAUCAUCUAUUCAUCUGGGAAAUAGAAAAGACAAAGUCCUUACAUUUCUUUGUUUUUUCAUUUCAAAUUUCUCAUUUGUAUUUGCAUUGAGAGUAAGAAGAGGUGCUGAAGUGGUGAUUUUUCUGCAAACAUGGCUUUUUGGGGAGUUGAAAUUAAACCAGGAAAGCCAUUUACUCUUUCACCUAACCAAUCAUGUGGAAAACUCCGUAUUUCCCAGGCUACACUAGGAAUGGGUGCUUCAAACAACAAGAGUUAUGUUCAGUGCAAUGUUGGCAAGAAGACUCCUGUUAUGUUGUGUGUUUUAUUGCCUGAUAAAGCUGAGUACCUUCAUUUGGAAUCAGAGUUUGAUGAGGCUGAAGAAGUCACUUUAUCUGUUGUUGGUCCUCGUAGUGUCUACCUUACCGGAUACUUUGUAGGCAAUGCUCGACGUAGUUUGGCCGGGGAUGAUGAGUCUGAAUCAUACGGAGAAGAUGUUGGAGAGACGGACACAGAAGAUCUUAAUGCAGAUGACGACUAUGAAGAGGAUAGCUUCAUUGAUGACAGUGAUCCAGAAGUCUUUGCUCCAUCACCUUCGUCUAGUAAUGAAUUAAAACAGGAGAAAGAUGGGACUAGGAAGAGCAGCCGAAAGCGCCUUAAAAAGUCAUAUAUGUUGAGUGAAUCUGAAGAUGAUGGUGCAAUUUCGCAACAGAUUACUUCUAGUGAUCCUAUUUGUGAGCAAAUGGUUGAGAGUGAGAAAGAAGAUCAGAUGCCUAUCUCUUCACUGUGUGGAAAUUCUGAAAUGGGUGAUGAAGAUUCAAAAAGAAAGAGGUGUGUUUCUGGAGAUAUAACUGAUGAACACCAAACUGAAGAUAAAAAGGCUAAGAAGAAGAAAAGAAAGAAUAGAAAAGAAACUGGAGACCCUCUGACAGAGACUGGUGGAAAAAUAAAUUGCAACACAAGGACAAUAUCAGGCGGCUUGAUUGUUGAGGAACUUGAGGCUGGUGAAGAAGAUGGAAAAGUGGCUUCCAGGGGAAAAAAGGUCUCUAUUCAUUAUACUGGUAAACUGAAGAAAGGGAACCAGAUUUUUGAUUCAAGUGCUGGAAAAGAUCCUCUCAAAUUUCGCCUUGGUAAAGGUCGUGUUAUGGAUGGGCUUGAGCUUGGAGUAGAAGGAAUGCGUGUUGGUGGUAAGAGAAGGCUUCAAAUACCGCCUGAAUUGGGAUACGGAAGUGAGGGCACGAAUCUCGUACCCCCAAAUUCAUGGUUAAUAAUGGAUGUUGAGUUAGUCCGUGUUCGCUAAUGGGCUAUAGAGUUGGUUGGAUUCGGCAAUUUUUGUUUACAUCGCUAGACUGUUGAGACUCAUGAGAGGAUGCAUCAGAUUCAGUUUUGGGGAUUAUAUGUUCUGUACAUGUUUUACAAGGGGCAAUUUUUGUGGCAAUUAUUUACCGACCUAUGUGUCUUGGUUUUGGUAUAAUAGAAAGAUUACUACUACCAACCUUUUGUUUCGGUUACAUGUAAAUGGAUUGUUCUGUUAUUGCAAAUGCAGUAAUCCUGAUUCUCAUGUAUGAUCUCGUAUUAAUUAGUUAAUUUUAUGUCAGCUAAACGACCAUAGGUACGAAAUUAGAAGUGUCAACUUUGGAAACCUUGCAUCAAAGUGUGGCAAGGGUGAGAAAAUUGAACAAUGGAUUUUUUUUUUUUUUUUCAUUAUUAUUUCUUGAAGAUGGGUGAAGAAAAUGCUGUAGGCAUUGAUUAAUGGGAUUUUCAGCAUCUAAUUCUAAGGAUGCAUCUUCCGCCCUCUCUUUGGCAAGCAAAAAAAGUGCUGCUGUUUGGAGCAACAGCAUCAGCUCUCUUAAACUGCAGGAUGUACUAGUGAACAUUCAAGCAUGAUUACCGGCUUUCAGUGGACACAGGGGCAAGUAUGAGCAGCAUUGAGGCGGUAUUUGGUGUAGAGUUACAUGCUAUGACGCUUUGAGUAAUGUACUUGUAAUCCUUGUAUGGAAUUUUACCAUUUCUGUUAAACCAAGAAAUAUGGAAAUUUAUUGGUGGAAGAUAUGGGCAACCUCACAGUUAUA